AUGGACAGCACCAACUUGAUUAAUAAUAAUAACCAGCCACAACAACAACAUAUCAAAUCAUCACUCUAUGACACAGAGUUAUGGAGUAGUUUGGAUGAAGAUGAUGAUUUAUACAACAACAACAACAAGAACAAGGAUUAUAAUAAUAAUCAUAAUAAUGGUGACGAUUAUAAUGGUGGUAGCAGUAACAGUAGUAGUGACGAUGAUGACAACGACAACAACAAUACCAAAAGCAAUGUUGGUAGCAAUCAUCAACAACAACAUCGACACCAUUUGAAUAAUUAUUCACCAAAUAUAUAUUACAAGGAUUUUACAGACGAUGAUCAAAAAGGAGGAAUAAGUAGUAAUCCAUUAAACAUCCAAAUAACUAGUAACAUUACAAUUAAUACUGUACCAUCACAACAACAACAACAACAACCAUCACAUAAUCAACUUUCACGAUCCUUACCAUCACUACUACACAACGAUCUUUGUCAAAGUAGCAGUGAGACGACACCUUACUACGUAUCUCCAUUACAACAAACCAAGGUCGAUAUCCAGCCGUCUCCAUCGUCGUUUGCAGCGACUGCAGCAGAGCAAUUGGAAAAGCCAUUGCCUCCUCCACCCGUGCCUCCACGUACCGAUCGUACUCAUAAAAGAUAUCUCUCAACUUCUGCCAUGAAUUCAACUAGCACCAGUCAUCAUCAUCAUCAACAUGGAUCCCCUUCAUCACCCUAUUCUGGACUCUAUUCAACUUUUAUUCCUAAUCAUUCAUCAUCAACGGAUUUACAUGGACACGCAAGUACAAGUGGAUCGUCAUCACCAAAGGAUGGAAGCAAGACACUUCUCAAAAACAAGUUGUUAAAGGUGAUCACAUCAGUCAAGAACAUACCAAUUCCUCAACAAGUGGAUUCCAUCAUCAAUAAUCUCAAAAACAGCAAUAGCAACAAUAAUUCCCCAUCUUCUUCUAAUCCAUCAUCACCAUCUACUUCAUUUUCAUCUCUUCCAUUUUUAAAUCAUUUGAGACAACAACAACCAUCACAACCACAACAACAACAACAAGAAUCAAACAACUCUAAUGAAGUUCCAUUGUCUUCUUCAUUGCCUACUACUACUGCAUCUUCAACCUUUUCAUCUUCACCAUUGGAACCUUCCUAUUUCCAUAAUAAUAAUAGCAAUUAUGAUGCAGAAAUAGACAAUAAUCAAAAUUAUAAUAACGAUUGUAAUAAUGUAAAUAAUAAUAAUAAUAUAGAUAAUAUAGAUAAUAAUAAUAAUAAUAUAGUUAAUCCAAUUGUAAAUCAUCAUGAAGAAACCAUUGAAGGAUUAACAUUUGAAGUGGUUGAAAAGGAUACUGUAAAUUCUACGCCAUCCAAACCAUUACCAUCGACUCCUCCACCACUACCACAACAACAACAAAGAAUAUCAUCACCUUCAUUACUACAUAUUUCCUAUAGAUCCUCUGUUUUAAAUCAACUUUCACAACAACAAAGUCGAACUGAAAGAUCAAAGUUUUCCCUACCACUUGUUGACAUUAGCCCAUAUCCAAAACUAUCGGCUGAUGAAUUGUCAAGUAUAUCAUCUCCGAGUUACCCUUCACUUGAUUUUGAAAAUAAUCAUCAUGGAGGUGAUAGUGGUGGCAGUAAUGAGGAUUUUAUUUCCUAUCCAUCUAUUCAAUCAAAUGGUAAUAAUAGAGUACCAACUACAACUACGACAUACAAAGAUAUAACAUUACAAAAGUAUAAAUCAUUACCACCAACACCUUUUAAUCAACAACCUUUACAUCAACAACAACAAUUACAACAACAACAACAACAAAGUAAAGGAAACAAAGGAAAGUUUAAUAAUAUUUUACAAUUAUUAUCAAUUUCAAUUCCAUCUCCAAGAGGUGAUUCACAAAAUAAUAGUAAUAAUAACAGUUCUCAACAAUACCAACAACAACAAGAAAAGUAUAGAGAUUUAACACAAUACUUGAAUGAAAAUGGUGAUCGUAUUAAAAUUUCACAACAUAUUCAAUGGCAUCUUGAUCAACCAAAUGUCAAUGUAGAUAUCGUUAAAUUACUUGGAACUCACUAUGGUUUUCCUGAUCAUUGUCGUGCUACUUCUUGGAUGUUAAUGGCUGGUUAUUUACCUGCUCGUUCAGAUAUUAGAGCCUCUGUCCUUUUGAAUAAAAGAUUACAGUAUAGAGACUUGGUUAAAAAGUAUUUUGGUGACCAAUUCAAAAAUUUCCAUGUUGAUGAAAAUGAUUUUGAAAGAGGAACCAACAAAUUAUUAAAUAACGUUGCCGAUCUUUGGAGUCAAACUGCAUUGGGUCAAAACGAGAAAUCAAAAUUCAAAGAUCUUUUACAACAAAUUCAUAUCGAUGUCAUUAGAACUAGACCUGAUGGAUUUUAUGAAUUAUUUGAAUUAAAAGAAAUUGAACAAAUGAGUGAAAGAAUAUUGGCAAUUUGGUCAUCAGAGAAUACAGAUUUAUCUUAUUUCCAAGGAUUAAAUGAUUUACUUUGUCCAUUUUUAAUUGUGUUUUUGGGUCAUGCCAUAUCACAAAUGGAAUCAUCUCCUUCAAAGAUAACCUAUCCCAAUUUGUACCCAGAAGAGGAAGACAUUGCUUCAUUGACAAAGUCGAUUGGAGAUGGUGUCGCUGUCAAAGAGAUGAUUCAAAAUCAAAAGUUUGACAUCCUAUCAAAGGUUGAAGCAGACAUUUACUGGUGUCUUUCAAGUUUAUUAAAUUCAGUCAAACCCUAUGCCACAAACACUGGUUGUGGUCUACCAGCUGAAGGAAUGAUGAAAAAAUUAUCAAAAUUGGUUCAAGAAUCAAAUGAGGAAUUAUAUAAUCAUUUUAUGAAACAACAAAUUGAUUUUAGCCAUUUUUCAUUUAGAUGGAUGGUUUGUUUUUUGGUACGCGAUGUUUCAUUUGAGACUGGAGUUAAGCUUUGGGACAGAUACAUGUGCGAUAAGAAUAAUGAAGGAUUCUCGCUGCUACACAUUAGUCUCUGUGCGGCACUUUUAUCCGAUUGGAGCAGUGAUUUGUUAAACAUGGAGUUUAUGGAAUUGGUACAAACACUCCAAAAGAGUGAUUUGGUUGAUAUCGAUAGUUUAGAUUCAAUCAUUCGAAAUGCUUCCUAUAUCAGAGACACCUAUCGACAUAUUAUUUCUUUAUAG